ACUUUGACGUCAGUUUUCAUUGGGACCCGCCCGCUCGCUCAAGUGGCAGUGGUUAAUGGUGAGAGAUAAUCCUCGGCUCUACCACAGACACACAACAGGGCUGAGCUGCCUCUGGAUCUGGAUGCGGGCAUCCUUGGAUUCUGCUCUUAGCACGGGCCCACCGCACGAAAACUUAAAGAGGACAACAAUGGUGCACGCCUCGGCGGCGGAAUCCGUGGCUGCUGGUCUUUUAGGGGACCGGGGAUUGUGGUCAAUGUGACAUUCACUUGCACGCUCGUGUUGAGUUUAUUGUUCUGGUUUUAGACGCAGAGCAGCGAUUCUCCGAGAAGAUGUUGAGCCGAUUUAUGAGUGGCAGCAUUAGAAAUCUUGAGCGGGAAUACAGCUGCACCGUCAGACUGCUGGAUGAUACGGAAUAUACGUGCACCAUUCAGCGGGAUGCAAAGGGACAGUAUCUGUUUGACCUCAUCUGCCACCACCUCAACUUGCUGGAGAAAGACUAUUUUGGCAUCAGAUAUGUGGAUCCAGACAAGCAGCGGCACUGGUUGGAGUUCACAAAAUCAAUUGCAAAGCAAAUGAAAUCUCAGCCUCCAUUCACCAUGUGUCUGAGAGUCAAGUUCUACCCUCCUGAGCCUGCUGUUCUCAAGGAGGAAAUCACUCGAUAUCUUGUCUUCCUGCAAAUAAAGAGAGACCUCUACCACGGUCGGCUCCUGUGUAAAACCUCGGAUGCGGCCAUGCUGGCUGCCCACAUCCUUCAAGCUGAGAUUGGUAAUUACGACCCUGGGAAGCACCCUGAAGGUUACAGCUCCAAAUUCCAGUUCUUCCCUAAACACUCGGAGAAGCUGGAGCGCCGGAUUGCAGACAUACACAAGACAGAGCUGAUUGGACAGACACCUGAAACAUCAGAGCGAAAUUUCCUGCAGAAAGCCCAGAUGCUGGAGACAUAUGGUGUUGAUCCGCAUCCAUGCAAGGAUGUGUCUGGGAACCCAGCUUUCCUUGCCUUCACACCAUUUGGUUUUGUGGUGCUUCAGGGAAACAAGAGAGUUCAUUUUCUCAAAUGGAACGAGGUGACCAAACUGAAGUUCGAAGGCAAGACGUUCCACGUAUAUGCAAAUCAGAAGGAGGACGAAAAGAUCAUCUUGACGUACUUUGCACCCACACCAGAGGCAUGCAAGCACCUUUGGAAGUGCGGAGUGGAGAAUCAAGCUUUCUAUAAGCUUGAGAAGUCAAGUCAGGUUCGCACGGUCUCCAGCAGCAACCUGUUCUUCAAGGGCAGCCGUUUCCGUUACAGUGGACGAGUGGCAAAAGAGGUGAUGGAGCAGAGUGCCAAAAUCAAACGCGAACCUCCAGAAAUACACAGGGCUGGCCUCGUGCCCAGCAGAAGUUGUCCAUCCAUCACCCACGGUCCUCGCCUCAGCAGUGUACCGCGCACGCGUCGGAGAGCUGUCCACAUAUCUAUCAUGGAGGGUCUGGAGUCAUUGCGUGACAGUGCCCAUUCUACGCCGGUGCGUUCAGUGUCCCAUGGGGAAUCCUUCAUGCCACGCUCCCGGAGCCAGGCCACAGACGCCAGCGAGAGGACUGCGGUGAUCUCGGACGAGGCCUACAGCCCCUCCGACAGUGUCCUGCCCACCCCGGUGGCCGAGCACAGCAUGGAGCUGGCUGCCUCGCGUCAGAUCAACGGGGCGCCCUGCAGCAUCGAGGAGGAGAAGGAGUCUGAGGCGGGUACCCCCAUGCGCGGGGAAGGGGGUGAUUUUGGUGCGGACGGUAGAUCUGCACAGGGAGGUGCAGGGGGGGACUCGGCCCUCAGCGAGGUGGAACAGGUGAAUAAAUUUGUCUUAAGUGUCCUCCGUUUGCUCCUUGUGACCAUUGGACUCCUCUUUGUCUUGCUCCUCCUACUCAUCAUCCUCACCGAGUCAGACCUUGAUAUUGCAUUUUUACGUGAUAUCCGCCAGACCCCCGAAUUUGAGCAGUUCCAUUACGAAUACUUUUGUCCCCUCAGGCGGUGGUUUGCCUGCAAGCUCCGCUGGGUGGGCGGGUUGCUCAUUAACAAGUGAGAGUGAGGUCGUAGAGUUCGUAAGGCCGUUCGGGGGUCUGAGAUGAUGGUUAAGACUCCGGAGUGAUGGAGGGCAGCCUCGUCCCAACCAUGAACCCUGCUUCUCUCAUCAUCCUCCUGCAGACAUACAGCUUGGACCACUCCUGGUAACACCGGGCCAGGAUCUCUCUUUCCCUCCUCCACUUUGAGUUAACCCCCCACCCAACCACCUCCUCGUUUCGCUUGUUUUCUUCUUUUUUUCUACAAAGUCAGAAGACAUUUUUUGCAUUAUUUUUGUUUUAAUUUCAAGUCACUUCAGGUAUUUUAUUUUUUCAAAUAACACAAAGGAAAAAAAUUAAACUGAAAUCAAAGAACUGAAGAAUUUUCAAACAGUUCCUUUUACAGGAACGGAAAAUUUUGUUGCAACAGAUGAACGCUGCCUUCAUUUAUUAUUUAUUGCUUUUAAACAUGUAUUUGCAUAAGAAAAAGAGAUGAUGAAAAGUAAUCGAGGAAGUUGAUUUGUCAUUAAAAAUUAAGAUGGAAGUUAUGUUAGAGUUGAUAGGCCUAAUGCUGUGAAGUAUGUGAGGUAAAGUAGUGUAAUAUCUUUUGAUAUUGAUUCAUCCCCAUCAGAACUCAACUAGACAAACAGAAGAUUCACCUCAUCAGGAAAAACAGAACAAUCUGAAGGGAAUAAUAGUGAAGGUUCAUGAAACAGAUUACCAAAUGCCUUUUUUGAGAAGAUGUCGAUGACUUUUGGCAGUUUUGAAUUUUGAGGAUUGUUUUAUCCACAAUAACACUUUAGUAUACAAAGGGUGUACAAAAUUAACUGGUGAAGAUCAAAGUUGUUUUUCUAACAUUUUAUAAGGAUACAGUAAAAUAAACCAGUACCAAUAGUGAUAUGUGAUCCAGUAGUGUCAGAUGCGGUUAGAGAAAUAUUCAUGACGAGCAAAAAUUCACUGGCACCAAUAGAUAAUAGUCUAGAUAGAUGUGCAAUGCUCAUAUGGUUUUAAUAAUUAAGUACUUUUGAAUGUGCUCAUUUGUUCAGUUGUUCUGUUAUUUCUCCAAUUAAUUUGAUUUGCAUUUUUUCAUCAAGUUGAAAUUCGAUGAAUUUCAAUAAUUUCUUUGUAUGAAGAGUUUGAUUUAUUUUGGUUUCAUAUCAGCCGUGCUCUUAGGUUCAUGUAUCAUACUAUAAUUAUUAUUAUUAGAAUAAGAAUAAUGAUGUACUUUUUGUACAAAUUACUUUGUUUCCUAAUAUAUAUUGACAGGUUUUUCAUGUAUAUUUUAACAGAACUGAAAUGUUAUUUUGUUAUUGAAGAUUAAAUUAUACCUUUUUUAGUGCUGUGUUUCAAGUAAGGUCAGAAGCAUAUAUGGAAAUGUGGAAGGGGGUGGGGUGGGGGUGGGGGCUAAAAAACAGGGUUUUUAUCCAGAUCCACUCAACACUGAUCGCACCUCAUCGCUCCACCAGCAGUCAAUCAUCCUUCAACAUGUAUUUGUACAGAACAGCAUCUGGAGAUAUCAUUAUACCAUCACAAAUGCCAAAUACCCAAAAACACAUUUUCACCUUUCAUAACUUUACCAUAUCUUAUUUUACUUGAAGAGUUUGGAGAGGUGACUGUGAGCCUGACCGAUGCACUUGUUCCUUGACCCAUGGCCUAUCUUCACAGUAAAAUUAAUUUACAAAUGUGUGAAACAAAACUAGAGCUGAAACGAUUAGUUAAUCGAUUGAUAGAAAAUGAAUUGGCAGCUAUUUUGAUAAUAAAUUAAUCGUCACAUUAAUCGUAGCAUUUUCUGGUUUCAGCUUCUCCAAUGUGAGGAUUUUCUGCUUUUCUCUGUUUUAUAGCAGUGUAAAUAAAUUGAAUAUCUUUGGGUUUUGGACUGUUGGUCAGAUAAAAAAGCCAACCCAAAGUGAAUAUGUCACUUUGGGUUCUGAGAAAUUAUAAUGGGUAUUUUUCAUUAGUUUCUCACAUGUUCUGACAGUUAAUCGAGUAAUCUAGAAAAAAAUAGGCAGAUUAACUGAUAAUGACGAUAAUCGUUAGUUGCAGCCCUAAACAAAACACUUUGUCACUAAUAAAUUAAGAAUUAAAACAUAACCUUCUUGGUGGAGGUAAGAAAGGAGUUUGCUUGACUUUAGUAAUGAUAUUUCAUGCACUUUUUUCUGAAUUAUGUACUUCAGUUACUUUCUUCCCUUAACUUUCAUAUCAGCCAAAAUAAAAGCAGAUACCAACAUAUCUGUGAUAAGCCGAUAUCGGCGAAUAAUAUCUGGCCUUAGAUUUGUCGGUCAGGCUCUGGACUCUUCAGCCUCACAGCUCCAGGGAGCAAUAACUGUCACGGCUGCUGGAUUCUGGGUAAAAUCUGUUUUUUUGAAUUGCGUGUCUACCUACUGUACCAAGUGCAGGUGUAAGUGUUAGUGUGUCUGUAUGUAGGAAUGGAAACAAGAUUCAAGGUGAUGGCAGUGGAGGUUUAGACAUAGAGGAGUUUAAAAAGUCCUUUUUUCAUCUUUUGCAAAAGGCGAGAAGGACUUAGAGGAAAGAAAAGAGAAAAGUAUGAAAUGAGAUUAGAGAAGAACGAGGGAAAUAAAAGGCCUUCGAAGCGAUCAGUCUGCUUCUUUGAAAGUGGGAUUUAAAAAACAAAUUGGGAAUGGAAGACAUUGGUGACUCAUCACUCAUAAUGGCUGUACAGGGUUGCUUGUUUUUUGGCCUGCUAUUUCAAACGCCACACUCUCAUACCAGCAGCUGCAGCUGCUCCACUGAAGGCCCGAUGGUGCUACCUUCUUUGUUUGCUCCUGUGUAAUCCGAGCGCGUCCUUUGCUAAAUUGUAGUCCUAACCACGGGGUAGCAUGCACUUUGGCGUUGUGGCUGGAUCCACUCCUGUAGCUCAUUGUCCCUCACAAACUACAGUUAUCUGUGGCGGAGGGAGCAGCCCUGACAUUUCCCAAUACGAUGCUAGAGGGAAUAUCAAAUCAUUAGAGCUACGUUGGCAAGAAACCUGUCACACAUACGGUGCAGGAGCUUAUUUAUGUCAUGUUAAUCAUUUUUAACUCGGAUACAUCCAGUAAAUAGCAGAUGCAAAGAUGAAGCACAUUUCUCCUAACGGGGUGGAGCAGGGUGAAUGGGUUGACCUUUUUUGUGUACAUUCAUACUUCACAUUUAUUGCUUCUUUACUGACAUAAAGGUCGACAUGACCGACCAGUCCAGAGUUGUUAGCAGGACAUCUUUUAAAAGUCAGUCCGCAAAGGUGUUUCUCAUACAUCUAUCAGCAUUAUGUAGCUUCAGUGGUCUGAACAUGCAACAAUAAAAAAAAGGCAGCAUUAUUCAAGGAGCAAUAAUCAGAUAUGAGAGCAAAAAUAUGUGAUUUACAAACUUGUGUAUGAAAACCCAAUGAUGAAUUAAGUCAAAUAUGUCCUUUCUGUUUCUAGAAAACCACUUACCAAAUUGCUGUUGUGCUGACUCAAUGUGACCACUGAGAAACGUAGUUGCCGUUGCAUUCAUUAAUAACAUUGUUUUUUAUAAAAACCCAUUUUCCUUAGAGACCUCUUGUCUGGAUGUUUGUUCUGCUGUUGUUUUUUUUUUUUUUUUUUUUUUUUUUGCCGUUUCAUUGUUAAGUGACAGAUUGUUCCCUGUGCCUGGAUCCUAACUCUGCAGUUUACCAAAGUGGCAAAGAUGAAGGAAUGGAGAACGAAAGACACAACAUCCCUAACAACUGUACUACAGACUACUCCAUCCUUAAAUCUCCCAGGCCGAGAGGGGAAAACAGUGUUCACCUCUGUCUCAAACAGUUUGAAAUGUACACUGGACAGCCCGAAAUCUCUGUCUUAAUUUGUCCUUACAGGCAUGUUUCCUGUGACAAACCUGACUUUAUUUUUUAUUUUAUUUUGUGCAAUUUCAGUUGCUGUGUCAUGUUUACAUAUUUUACAGUUCUUUUACCUCAUGGGAGAUGGCUACAGUUUUGGCCAGAUGUGUGACUUUUGAUGAACAAGAAUAAUAAUACAUCAGAAACAGCUUGUCCAUCCCUGAAAAGCAGCAGUGAAGUUACAGCCAUGUAAAUACAAAGUGGUGCAGUAAAUUUCAUACACAAGGGAUGGACUCAAUAACAGAGACACCCGCAUGGUAAAGUGUAAUUCCAUAUAACCAAGCAACAAAUUUGUGAAACUACAUUUGUGAAAUAAAAUUUUUCCUAAGGCGGUGUCAAA